UCCCAUCUCGGGUCAGCCGUGAUCUGGAUUCAGAAUCGAGGUGCGAAACCACAGGCGCUCCUUCCACUCCGCUCUUCCUUGGGGGAACCGCCUGCACACCUGCGAGUGAAUCACGCUCGCUUGGGAAGGCGCAACGCUUGGAGGCGCGUGAUUCCUCUCUCUGUCUCUCUCUCUCUUGCACCCCCUCCCUCUCUCGCCGCCUUAGUCAACACCCGCACUCCUGCCCUCCCAAACUCCAGCUCUUUGGCUUCCCAUCUGGAGAAAACGAGGUGGAGGCGCUGGCAGAAGCAGUGACUCAUGCCUGCGUCGCAACAGAUCAGCCGGCGAUUCGCGCUUUUUUAAAAAAAGCGAAUCUCAAGUAUUGGGGGGGGGCGCUAAGGUCAUCUCGAAUUAAAUGCCAGUGAAGCCAUUGAUAUUCCGACGUUGUUCGUGGCGGAGUUUAUAAACGGCGAAGUUCUUCCAAAACGAAGAUUUCUCCAUCCUCCGCCGUUUGGGUUCCUGGAGUUGGAGCCUGGGUUGUAAAUCAUUCUGCUGGGAUCGGAGAAAGGCUAAGGCAAGAAGAAGACGACGACGAAGCAGCCCGGGAUCCAAGGGCUUUGCCUCAGCACCUCAUGGCGACCUCGGACCCGUCCUCGUCCAACACGGCUCCCGAUCCCAAUCCGAGCAACUUGCGACCCACAACUUAUGACACCUGGUGUGGUGUGGCUCAUGGCUGCACGAAGAAAAUCGGGCUGAAGAUAUGUGGGUUCUUGCAAAGGAACAACAGCCUGGAAGACAAGAGCCGGCUGGUGAGCGCGCUCAAGGAAAGGCAAUCUUCCAAGAACCUGCUGGCCUGCGAGAACAGCGAGAAGGAAACCCGGUUCCGGAGGACCGAGACGGACUUCUCAAACCUCUACGCCCGGGAUCUGCUGCCAGCUAAGAAUGGUGAGGAGCAGACGGUGCAAUUCCUCCUGGAGGUGGUGGACAUUCUCCUGACGUAUGUGAGGAAGACCUUCGACAGGUCCACCAAAGUCCUGGACUUCCACCACCCACACCAGCUCCUGGAGGGCAUGGAAGGCUUCAACCUUGAGCUGUCUGACAACCCAGAGUCACUCGAGCAGAUCCUAGUGGACUGCAGGGACACCCUGAAAUACGGAGUCAGGACAGGUCACCCUCGCUUUUUCAACCAGCUUUCUACAGGGCUUGAUAUCAUUGGCUUGGCUGGAGAAUGGCUGACGUCUACUGCUAAUACAAACAUGUUUACAUACGAAAUUGCACCUGUUUUUGUCCUCAUGGAACAAAUCACGCUUCGAAAAAUGAGAGAGAUUAUCGGAUGGUCAAAUAAAGAUGGAGAUGGAAUAUUCUCACCGGGUGGUGCUAUAUCCAAUAUGUAUAGCAUCAUGGCUGCCCGCUACAAAUAUUUCCCAGAAGUCAAAACCAAAGGCAUGGCUGCAGUGCCUAAACUGGUCCUCUUUACCUCAGAACAUAGUCACUACUCAAUAAAGAAAGCUGGAGCUGCACUUGGUUUUGGAACAGAAAAUGUGAUUUUAAUAAAGUGCAACGAAAGAGGCAAAAUAAUACCAGCUGAUUUGGAAGCCAAAAUUCUAGAAGCCAAACAAAAGGGAUAUGUUCCCCUUUAUGUGAAUGCAACUGCUGGCACAACAGUUUAUGGGGCCUUUGACCCAAUUCAGGAGAUGGCAGACAUUUGCGAUAAAUACAACCUUUGGCUCCAUGUGGACGCUGCCUGGGGCGGAGGAUUGCUAAUGUCCAGGAAGCAUCGUCAUAAGCUGAGUGGCAUAGAAAGAGCCAACUCUGUCACAUGGAAUCCACACAAGAUGAUGGGGGUUUUAUUACAAUGUUCUGCCAUUCUUCUUCGGGAAAAGGGCAUACUUCAAGGUUGCAACCAGAUGUGUGCAGGAUAUCUGUUCCAACAAGAUAAGCAAUAUGAUAUAACUUAUGACACUGGGGAUAAAGCAAUACAGUGUGGUCGCCAUGUGGACAUAUUCAAAUUCUGGUUGAUGUGGAAAGCCAAGGGUACAGUGGGAUUCGAAAGUCAGAUCAACAAAUGUCUUGAAUUAGCAGAAUACCUCUAUAAUAAAAUUAAGAACAGAGAGGAGUUUGAGAUGGUUUUCGAAGGAGAGCCUGAACACACAAAUGUUUGCUUCUGGUACAUUCCACCAAGUCUCAGAGGGAUCCCAGACUCGGAGGAGAGGAGAGAAAAGCUACAUAGGGUCGCACCCAAAAUCAAGGCGCUGAUGAUGGAGUCAGGUACCACGAUGGUUGGAUAUCAGCCACAGGGAGAUAAAGCAAACUUCUUCCGAAUGGUUGUCUCAAACCCUGCAGCUACCAAGUCUGACAUUGACUUCCUCAUUGAGGAGAUAGAAAGACUGGGGCAAGAUCUGUAAUCCUCUCAAAUGACCCGUUUUACUUCUCUAACAGCACUAUUUUCCAGUACUGGCUUCUUCUGGUUUUGGUUUGUUUGGGUUUUUUUGUAACCACUUCUGUAGAACACAUUUUAAGGUAAUCCCUUUCUAAAUGUUCCAUUCUUCUGAGACACCCUCCUUAAAAA